AAAACAUCAAACAGAAGAAGAAGAAGAAGAAGAAGAAGAAGAAGAAGGGAACAACAAGAAGGUUAAGACAGUGUUAAUUGUAUGCGUCAUCUCCUGGUUCAAGAUGUCUUCCAAUGGACUUUUAACCAUGCGUGCUCAGAUCUGCAGACGCCUGGCUCACAAGUACCUCUCAAGAACCUACACAUCUCGCCCUUCACUGAAUGAGGUUGUCAUUGUCAGCGCAGUCCGUACUCCAAUGGGCUCCUUCAGAGGCAGCCUGGCAUCAAUACCAGCCACCAGACUGGGCUCCAUUGCCAUUAAAGGAGCCAUAGACAAAGCAGGGAUCGCUCCUGAAGAGGUGAAGGAAGUCUACAUGGGCAACGUGCUUCAGGCAGGAGAAGGACAGGCCCCCACGAGACAAGCCUUGCUUGGAGCAGGCUUGACCCUCGGCACUCCAGCAACAACCAUCAACAAAGUCUGCGCCUCUGGGAUGAAGUCCAUCAUGAUGGCAGCUCAGAGUCUGAUGUGUGGACACCAGGAUGUGAUGGUGGCUGGCGGCAUGGAGAGCAUGUCCAAUGUUCCUUAUGUAAUGUCCAGAGAGACCCCAGCCUAUGGAGGAGUGAGGAUGGAAGACCUUAUUGUCAAGGAUGGACUCACUGAUGUCUAUAAUAAAUUCCACAUGGGCAACUGUGCAGAAAACACGGCCAAGAACAGCAACAUCACCAGAGAGGAGCAGGACACCUACGCAAUUGGUUCAUACAGCCGCAGCAAAGCAGCAUAUGAGUCUGGCGUGCUUGCAAAGGAGAUUGUACCAGUUAGCAUUCCCCAGAAAGGCAAACCUGAUGUGGUUGUGUCCGAGGAUGAGGAGUGGAGGCGGGUUGACUUCAGCAAAGUUCCCAAACUGAAAGCAGUGUUCCAAAAAGAGAAUGGUACGGUGACAGCAGCCAAUGCCAGCACACUGAACGAUGGAGCAGCUGCUCUCGUUUUAAUGACAGCAGAGGCCGCAAAGAGACUCAGCAUCACUCCACUGGCCAGAAUUGUCUGUAAGCUUUCCACAAACACACACACUAAGCUGUGUGUACAAAGCUUAAAGUCUGGCUUUUGCUGAUGCUGCCGUUGCACCCAUUGACUUCCCCAUUGCUCCUGCGCUUGCUGUACCAAAGGUGAGUAUAAGCAGGUGAUUAGGAGGUGUUUUUGGUCCUG